GCCAUCUUACGCCGAGGAGGGCGUUCGUGGCGGUUAAUCAUCGUCGCUCGUCUCGUGCCGUCGAAGACGUGUUUAUUCUUUCUUUCUUGGAACGGGGGUACCGCGUACAGCAAUAACAAACUCCCACGAGAAAAAACAAAACAAAGGGAGCCAGCUGAACUGUUUCGGGCAGGGAGUGGGCGUGCGAGGAGUGCCGGCGCCGGCGCCCGCCGCUAGCAGACGACGUGUUGGCCGAGCAGUCGGAAACCAUCAUGGGUCUCCCCAAGCUUGACGUUUGGUUCGCCGAAGCGGACGACGAACUGCCGCCGUUCUCGUUCGUGGUUUCGCUCGGAUUCCUCAAUUCCCUGGGCGGAGUACUGACAAUCGCCGAAAUCCUGACUGGCGUUAUCACGUUCGCGCUGGCAUACUGCAGCCGCAUUUACGUCUACCAGCUGUCUCGUCUCGUGGUGCGAGCGGAGCCAGACCCAAGCGUCGUCUACGUCAUCAUCGUCUCCUUUCUCUAUUGGUUUGUUUCACUGCUCGUGCUGACUUCGGCGCUCCUCUCCAGCACGGGACUGCUCGUCACAAGCACAUUCUUUUACGUCCUUUUUCAAGCUUUCGGGCUCGUCUUCUACCUCAGCGGUGGAAUAUCUCUUCUUGCUUUGGAAACAAGCCAGUCCGUGGCCAUCGCCGCUGGGGUUUUCGCUACAAUCAGCGCAGUACUUCACGGUCUGCAUUCUGUUCUGGUCUACAUGAAGCGCAAGAAGUGAAAGAACCCCGUCCAAGGUCAUCACGAUGAGUUGUUUUGGAGCCACGGACGAACGACCCGCCAACCGCAAUCGACGCAUGAAGGUGUUCAAUGUCAUCGGGGACGUAGAUGUCCUUGCCGGGACCUCGACACGUAGAAGGCGGGGGGAAGACCGACGUUGAGAUGGCUUUUUCCAAGGGGACUAAACAUCGAGUCGACGAAAAUUCCCCGUAGUAAAACAUCGAUAACAAGAGAAUAAACUGCGGGUUUCUAAAA